GGAGUUGAAUGCGUGAACAUCCGGUCUCUCCGCCUACACUGUUUUCUGAUUGGUCAGAGUCACAGUGCUGUGCUUCGGUAAUUGGUAGUGGUCCUUGUCCGUCUCUUUCUGGGACUUUGGACUCGCUGAGGCUCAGAUGUUUCCGCCUUUGUGCCCGCCUCUCGCGAGCGAUUGGCUGGAGGAGCCAGAGAAGCGCGACGAUUGGAGGAUCGAAGCCUGGCGGAAGCGGGGCAGGUUGGGAGGUUACCUGGACCAUGGCGGCUGUGCCGCCGCUGCGGGACCGCUUGAGCUUCCUACAUAGGUGGCUGGGACCUACCCUGUAUAAGAUGGCAGCUCACCAUGGCCCUCAUUCCUCUUCAGCUCCCCAUUCUGUUGAAGGGGACCUCAGAUGAUGACAUCCCAUGCCCAGGUUACCUGUUUGAAGAGAUUGCCAAGAUUUCCCACGAGUCACUCGGCAGCAGCCAGUGCCUGCUGGAGUACCUCCUGAGCCGCCUGGACAGUAGCUCUGGCCAUGUGAAGCUCAAGGUACUGAAGAUCUUGCUUUACCUGUGUGGUCAUGGCUCUUCCUCCUUCCUGCUCAUCCUCAGGAGAAACUCUGCUCUCAUCCAAGAAGCCACAGCUUUCGCGGGGCCUCCAGAUCCUCUUCACGGAAAUAGCUUAUACCAGAAGGUGCGGGCGGCUGCCCAGGACCUGGGUAGCACCCUGUUCUCAGAUGCCGUGCCACAGCCUCCCUCGCAGCCGCCCCAGAUCCUACCUCCUACAGGCAUGGGCUCCCAGGCCAGACCUCAUAGUGCCCUGCAAGGCUUUGGCUACACUAAGGAGAGUGGCCGGACAGGCUCUGCAGGUGAAACCUUCCUCUCCACCAUCCAGAGGGCUGCAGAGGUAGUGGCUAAUGCUGUGCGUCCUGGGCCUGAUAAUCCUUGUACCAAAGGACCCUUGCCAUAUGGUGACACCUACCAGCCUGCAGUGACACCUCUGGCUAGCCACACACAUCCCAACCCUAGGAGUCGACUCCCUGGGGCCAUCCUGGGGGCCAGAGCUGUGAGACACCAGCCUGGGCAGGCUGGAGGGGGCUGGGAUGAGUUGGACAGCAGUCCUAGUUCCCAGAAUUCCUCCUGCACCAGCAACCUGAGCAGGGCCUCGGACUCAGGCAGCCGGUCUGGCAGUGACAGCCACUCUGGCACCAGCCGGGAGCCAGGCGACCUGGCAGAAAGGGCUGAGCCCAUGCCCCCAAAUGACUGCCAGCAAGAACUGAAUCUAGUGAGGACUGUGACUCAGGGGCCACGUGUCUUCCUGAGCCGUGAGGAGACACAGCACUUCAUCAAAGAGUGCAGCCUGCUCAACUGUGAGGCUGUGCUGGAGCUGCUGCUCCAUCAGCUAGUCGGGACCAGCGAGUGUGAGCAAAUGAGGGCGCUGUGUGCCAUUGCAUCCUUUGGGAGUGCUGACCUCCUGCCUCAGGAGCACGUCCUCCUCCUGUGCCGACAGCAGCUGCAGGAACUUGGUGCAGGCAGCCCCGGACCUGUGACCAACAAAGCCACCAAGAUCCUGAGACACUUUGAAGCCUCCUGUGGACAACAGCUCCCUAUGCUAAGGCCUUGUGCCCAGCCCAACUCUGCAGCUGCCCUUGGGGGCCCAGCUGACCUGCUGACCAGCCCUGUGCCUCCCCCUGGGAUCCAGGCCUUCCUCCAGCCUCUUAGCUCCACCACUGUGGUGCCCAGGAGUCCUGUGCCCGCUCCAUCCCCCGAUACCUUACCUCCGUCUGCUCUGGAGGAGCCCAGUGAGGUCAGAACCCAAUUGAUGUGUUCUGGUGAACAAGGGACAGAAUCUGAGCAGAGGCUGGAGGACACAGACACCCCAAAGGCUAGCUCCAGCUCACUCCCGUGGAGCCCCAGCUCUUUGUUUGCUGGCAUGGAGCUGGUGGCUUGCCCCCGCCUGCCCUGCCCCAGCCCGCAGGAUCUCCAGGCAGAUUUACAGAAGGUGACCACAGGAGCUGCAGCUUCAGAGCCAUCAGCAUUUGCAUUUUUAAACAUGUGACUUUCUGGGCCCAGCUGUACAGAGUCCUCUCUCAUCCUCAUAGGGGCUCCAGGACCUUAUGGCCUCCUGUCCUCACGUUCGCCAAGGAGCCAUCCUUUGGUGUCUUCUGGCUGUCCUUUUGCCCUCUCUGGCCCCUUCCAUUCACCUAGGAAACUGGUAGAGCGGCCUUUGAGCCCUGGCUGGGCCUCGCAGUGCUCAGAAUAGGCACUGAAGAAGGCAUAUGGGCCCUCAGUGCCAACCAGCCAACAUGGAGGAGUGGGAAAUACAGUUAGCUGGUGCCUCAGAAGAUGUCUGCACACCCAUUGCUUCCUGGGAAUUGACUCUGGCCAUGCUCCUGAGAUCGGCUUCCCUGGCAAGACUCACACAGAUCUUCCUAGCGAUCUGUUUGUAGCUGGAGACCACCUCAGAGGUUUCCUGCUCUGUGCAGUACCUCUGCGGGGCUGGUUACCACAGACCCUGCGCCCCAUGCUGUUCUGUCUCUAGGAGACUGAAAACUGAGGCCAACUCCCACCCCCAACUCCCAGGCUACCUCAGUCCCAGUUGGACCUGUCCCAUUUGUAGGUGCUGGCGAUGAUUGUAUGGACUUGAAUUCAUAUGGUGACAGCUGGCAGGUAGCAAGGCUGCAGGACUGACCUUGGGUACCCUGGGCAAGCCCUGUUGGCCUGACCCUCAGAAAUGAGCACUUGGUGAGGGUUUCCAAGUUGGAAACACCAACUUGGCUCACAGUUACGUUCUGAUCUCUGGUCCUUCCUCGGGGAGGUCAAAGGUCAAAGUAGCUGGGAGCCACAGCCUUGAGGACAGGGUGCUGGGUGGGUGCCUGUGGCCCAAAGCUCUGGUUCUCAGAGCUUCCUCAGAUAAGUGCCCUGUGGCCAUUCCAGUGUCAGUCCCUGUAGGACCCAGCUCUGGAGGCACACAGCUUGCCACAGUUUUCUGUAGAACAUGGGAGAGUUGUCCCUUCUCAGAAGAGCCUGUGGAACUGCGACAUGCACUUUCUCAAUAAACACAAAUGUUUACACAG